GUCGGAAUUAGGUUUGAGGAGUUCACUGAAAAUAGGCAGACGUAAAGAAUGUUCACUUCCAUUGGUGUUAUUGAAUUAUUUUAUAUCACAGGGCUUCUUACCAGCGUUGAAGCAACCUGUGGAAUUCGCCCGCAAACUAGAAUCAUCAGUGGUCAUAAUGCAGCCCCUAAUUCAUGGCCUUGGAUGGUGCAGAUGAAUUAUCUUGGCGGCCAUCACUGUGGAGGCGCCUUGGUUAGCCCACAGUGGAUCGUAACAGCGGCCCACUGCGUGGAUCAUGCGAAGAGACCUCAGUAUUAUCGGGAUUUUCGGAUAACUCUCGGCGAACACCGAAGGAGCACACAAGGGGAUUACGAACAAGUGUUCAAAGUGGUGGAUAUUGUGGUACACCCACAUUAUAAUAAGCCUUCGAUCGUGAACAAUGAUAUUGCGUUAAUAAAACUGAACCGUCCCGCUGUAUUGAAUCAACAAGUCGGCUUGAUCUGUCUUCCUAAACAAGGCUACAUUAUCCCGGCUGGAAAGAGAUGUUAUGCCACAGGUUGGGGCUUGACAAUUCUUGAGGACUGGAGCAGUCAAGCGGACAUCCUCAAACAGGCCAUGCUCCCUACAGUGAGUCAGUCAGCAUGCGAGAGAAAUAACAAGGACGCUGGUAUCCCUGUGACAAACGCCAUGUUCUGCACAGGUCAUGGUGGCUCUAGUCCCAUCAGCACAUGCAACACCGACAGUGGUGGACCAAUAGUAUGUAAGGAUUGGACCGGCAGAUGGUACCUACAGGGUGUGGUCAGUUGGGGUGACGGUGGUUGUCAUCCGGGACAUUACUCUGUCAAUGCCAGAGUGAGCAAGUACAGAAACUGGAUUAAUAGUUACACGGUGGGCUAGUUAAAGCUCUAAAAAGUGAUGUUGAGAACGAGCGAGCCAUCUUCCUUUGAGUUUAAAGAGAA